AUGACUGACAGCACAGAGCACAACAAAGGGUUUUCAAAGCUGUUGGCAGAGAUUUACAACUUGGAAACACCAGCAGGGCAGAUCUUUUGUGGCACCCACACUACACUGGGCUUCAGCAGUGCAAUGAAUAAAGUGAUGCGGUUGGUGGAGGCUGAUAUGAAGAUGGAGCAAGUGCUUCAAAGUUUCAUGGUGGAUCUAGAUGUAGACAGCAAGAAUGCCAGUGUGGCUGGACAGGCACUGGACAUGUGCCUUAAGUUGGUGGCUCCUGAGUACGCCCACAAACCCUGGAACCGCUAUAAGGAAUUUCUCCACUUCCUUGAGCAAAAGCAGAACCCUCACAUUAACAACCGUCUGGCCUGCCUCGUCAAAGAAGUGAUGGAGCUUCCCUACUUAAAGGUGGUCCUUGUGGUGUUUGACUGCCUGGGUGUGCACUUGGUGGAGCCUUUCUAUGCCCGAACCAUCGAGAAAGAUGCUACCCAUUCUCAGCUCAGGGAGUUCUACAAGGGACUCCACACAGGCUUGGGUCAGCCAAUCAGUGACAGUUACACUGCAUUCAUAACACCUGAGUAUCCUGUAGUGUCUGAAAAGCUUUUCAGUAGCGUAAAGAGGACCUACACAGAAGAGGUGCUGAACUCUGUGUCUGACGUGGCUGCUGAACACUUGGAUGAGGUGAAGAAGCUGAUUGCGCUCAUGCAGCCCCACCUGAAGACAGUCCUGGCCAGGCAGAGAAGGGACUAUGGGAUUGAUGAGGAGACCUUCCCAAUGGACUACCCGGUCAGUGAACAGGCUGGUGAUAUUGAUGGCACCCCUGUGCACAACAUUGGGAUGGAGAGACAAUGUGGCAAGGUGGACUACAGACUGAAGAAACUAGAACAGAAACAGGAGAUGGCUCAAAGAAAAGAGAGGAAGAGACUAGACCUGCUGGACAUUCUUAAAUCUAGAGGUGGCCCCUUCACUGACAGCGGGGAAGUUGAGAAGUUCCUUGUAGAUCAAAGUCUGAACAACAUUGAAAAGCUGCAGAGAAUGAAGCUUGAGGUUCAGUUUGCCAGAGAAAGUACCACACUUCUGCCUAAAGCUGAUCCCAUCUUCAGAAUCCAGGUAACACUGGCCAGUGGGAAGAGGAGGAUGAAAACAGCACAGGAGUUUGGAGAUGCUCUCAUGGCAUACCUAGGCAAGAGGAGUGACCGAACCACACUGGAAUAUGAAAGAUUCCAAGAAAGUCUUUAA